GCAAAAUGCUUGUCUCACUCUCCACCGUGUGAUUAUGAUCAAACGGCCGCUAGCUUCCCUCCUUGGAGUCACACAUUGACCACGUACGCUGGGCCGUCCCCUCUCCCCCAGCCGGAGGAAGCUUCCAGAACCUUCAGCCGGAGCAACGGAGCGCGAGACAUGGUGGUGCUGCACGUGAAAUCGUCGACCUCCUCCUCGUCCUCGUCCCCGUCCCCGCCCCCGCCGGAGGUAGAGGAGGAGAUUGAGUUCCUGUACGAGUGCGCCGCCACCGCCGCCGUCGCGGACGUGGCGGCCGCGCUCGCGGGCACCGCCGGCCUCCAGGCCCGCGUCCUCUCCCUCUGCCGCCGCCUCCGAGAGAGGUGCCCGAGCGGCGAGCUGGAGAGGGCUCUGUCGGAGGCCGAAGCCUACGCCUCCAAGGUACAAGUACGUCAUAACAAAUUCGUGUCCCCUCGUGCUCUAAGGGAACAUAUCAAGAAUAUUGAAAAGACAGCUGCUAAUGCUCUAGCAGACAAUUCGGAGGCCCUCUGUCCGCAACAUCCAAAAUCAGAUGAAAAGCGUGACAGCAUACAACUUUGGUGGGCUGGAAAAGAGCUAGCUAUGGAUAAGAAGCUAUCUGACUAUAUUGGUGUUAAUGACAAAACAAAGAUUGUCAUCAGGCUAAGCCUCCCAACGAGCCUUUAGUGUGGUCCUGUCGGUCGUUGAUAUUGCCUAUUACUCCCUCUGUAUCAAAAUACAAAACAUUUUUUUAUACUCCCUUUGUAUCAAAAAAGAGUAUUGAAAAACGUCUUAUGUUUUGAUAGAGGGAGUAGUGAUUUUUUCUUUUGAGUAGUAUAUGCAUUUAUGCAAAUUAGGCACAUGUAAGUUGUUUGCAUUUUCGUGAGAAAACAAACAGGCACCAUCUUCAGCUUCAUGUACCAAUAGACAACAUGUAUCAACAGGUUAAAACAGUCACAGUAUAAUCACUGAAUGUUUCAUUGUACAAUGUUCAAAGGUAUUUCUGGGCAUCAAGCUGUGAGUGAGUAAUACAUUUGAUCAUGAUUCAA